AUGGCUUAUCCUCAGGGUUUCCUCUUCCAGCCGUCCGUGUCUCUGGCUCUGCACUCCUGCCCGUCCUUCAGCUCCGGGGUCAUCCUGGGGCCGCGGACGGAGGAGCUCGGACGCUCCUCGUCGGGCUCCGCCUUCGCUCCGUACUCGGGAUCGGCGAGUUCUCCCGGAUUCAACUCGCACCUCCCGUACGGCGGAGAGCCCCGGGCCGCCGCCACGCUCAACUCCUUCGUGAGUCCAGGAUACGACCCGUCCUCUGGCAUCUCCGGAUCCUUGGACUACCACCCGUUCGGGGCCCUGGGGCCUUACCCCUACGGAGACCCCACCUACAGGAAGAACGCCACCCGGGACGCCACGGCAACGCUCAAGGCCUGGCUAAGCGAGCACCGCAAGAACCCGUACCCCACCAAAGGGGAGAAGAUCAUGCUGGCCAUCAUCACCAAGAUGACCCUGACGCAGGUGUCCACGUGGUUCGCCAACGCCAGGCGGCGGCUCAAGAAGGAGAACAAGAUGACCUGGACGCCCCGGAACCGGAGCGAGGACGAGGAGGAGGAGGACAACAUCGACCUGGAGCGGAACGAGGAGGACGAGGAGCCGAUGAAGCCCGGCGGAGACGAGACGACGGAGCCCAAGAGCGAAGCCGGUGUUUCUCAUGUUUCCGGCCGCCGGUCCUCGGACUCCUGCGGUUUGAUGUUCCGGGACGACAGCGGCAGCGACACCGACCGCGGCUUCACCGAUCCGGACUUUAAGGACUCCGGAGAUCGUAGGUUGGGCCUCCUCCCGGGCCCCACCUCCACGCCGGGGGCCCCUCCCCUCGGCGCCGCCCAGGGCCCGCUCAGAGCCUCAGAGUCGGACCUCACGUCUUCGUCUAAGGAGCCCUGCGGCACCACCCAGGGCCCGAACCUGACUCCCAAACCCAAACUGUGGUCUCUGGCCGAGAUCGCCACGUCCUCGGACAAAACUAAAGGAUGUAGUGAGUCGGCGCCGGGUGGCGGGUCGGGGCCCCAGCAGGGCCCGGCAUCCACGGCCCGGACCUCGUUCCCCCACAGCCCGGCGCUGCCCCGACACCUGUACUACAGCUCCCCCUUCCUGCCCGGAUACUCGGGCUACGGGCCCCUGGGACCUCUGGGCGGCUCCGGCCCACAUUUAAAUGGAUUACAGCAGACGGUGCUGCAGCGGGCCGAGGCGGCGGUCCGAGACUGCCGGCUGCGCAGCCAGAACCAGCUGGAGCUGCACGAGCUGAAGCGCGGCAUGACGAACGUGUAGCGACGCGGCACUUUUAUUUAUUCACGGGACCAACCGGAUCCUUCUGGAUAUCAAACUGGGCCUCGCCGGGGCCGCGGACCUUAUUUAGAACCACAGAUAUCCCACUGGAGACUGUUUUUCUAUGUUGAUAAGAUGUAAUCUUUGUAGUGCGUUUCUGCACAGACAUGAAGUAUCAUUAAAAGCUAGUUUUAUUAAUACGGAA